GGGCCGGGCUGUGCGUGCUGUGGGGCCGAGCCCGGCGACAGCGGCGCCACGUGACGCGGCGGGCGCCGACAUGGUGUUCGAGUCGGUGGUCGUGGACGUCCUGAACCGCUUCCUGGGGGACUACGUGGUGAACCUGGACACGUCGCAGUUGUCUCUGGGCAUCUGGGGAGGAGAUGUGGUCCUUAAGCAUCUUGAAAUUAAAGAAAAUGCUUUGAAUCAACUAGGUGUGCCAUUUAAAAUUAAAGUUGGUCAUAUAGGUCAUCUUGAUCUUAAAAUUCCAUGGAAAAACCUUUAUACUCAACCAGUUGAAGCUGUAUUAGAAGACAUUUAUUUACUCAUAGUGCCUUCUUCUAUGAUAAAAUAUGAUCCUAUUAAAGAAGAAAAACAACUCUUGGAAGCAAAGCAGAGGGAAUUAAAAAGAAUAGAAGAAGCAAAACAAAAAGUAGCUGAUAAAGGGAAAGAGCUGGUUGAGAAACAGGACACCUUUACAGAAAAACUAAUUACUCAGAUCAUAAAAAAUCUUCAAGUGAAAAUUUCUAAUAUUCAUAUUCGCUAUGAAGAUGAUAUCACAAAUCGGAGCAGCCCCCUGUCAUUUGGUAUUUCCCUUCAAAAUUUCAGCUUGGAGACAACUAAUAAGAACUGGGUUCCACAUUUCCAUGACGACACUCAGAAACUAUUUUAUAAGUUAAUUCGAUUGGAUAACCUUUUCGCCUAUUGGAAUGUGAAAUCUCCGAUGUUCUAUCAUGAUGAUUCUAAAAUAUCUUUGGCUAACUUGAAGAAAGGUAUUGUGAAAGAAAAUACUGUUCCUAAAUCUUAUGAAUCUGUAUUUCGUCCUAUAUCUGCUGAUGCCAAACUUCAGAUGAAUCGAUCAGAUUUUGACUUUUCUGCCCCUAAGAUGAACCUGGAAAUUGAGUUACAUGAUAUAACAAUUGAAUUUAAGAAGCCUCAGUAUUUCAGUGUUAUGGAGCUUCUUGAAUCAAUUGAUAUGAUGAAACAAAAUCAGCCAUACAGGAAAUUCAAACCUGAUGUACCCCUUCACAACAAUGCAAGAAAAUGGUGGACUUAUGCCAUACGUGGAGUUCUUGAAGUAAAUAUUGCUCCCAGGUUACAGAUGUGGUCAUGGAAACAUAUUAUAGAUCAUAGAUUAAAAAUGAAGCAAUAUAAAGAGCUGUAUAAAAAAAAACUAACAGUAAAGAAGCCAUCUGCUGAAAUUCUCAACUCUUUGGAGGUGUUGGAAAACUCUUUGGAUGUAUUUAAUAUAGUUAUAUCAAGACAACAGGCAGAAGUUGAGGUAAAGAAAGCUGGGUACAAGCUUUACAAAGAAGGAGUACAAGAUCCAGAGGAAAAUAAAGGAUGGUUUCACUGGUUGUGGACUUGGUCAGAACCAAAAACUAAAGAACAGCCAAUUGUUAAGUCUGGAACAAUACUUGAAGAAAUGUUGACCCCUGAAGAGAAGACUGCACUUUAUGAAGCAAUUGGCUACAGUGAAACAGCAGUUGAUCCAACCUUGCCCAAAACAUUUGAAGCCAUGAAAGUUUUUGUUCACUUGAAAAGUAUGUCUAUUGUUCUAAGAGAAAAACAAGAAAAAUCUGAGCUGUUAGAUAUUGUAAUAGAAGAAUUUAACACUAUGAUUGUACAAAGACCAGGAGCGCAAGCAUUUAAGUUUGAAAUCAAGUUGGGUUCAUUCCAUGUUACUGGCUCAGGCUCACCAGAUCAUUCAGCAAAACCUCGCCUCUUAUCUUCACUGAAUGAUGCCACAUCACUUUUUCAAAUUAUAUUUGAGAUAAAUCCAUUAGAUGAAACUGUUGCUCAAAGAUUUAUUCUAGAAGCUGAGCCUGUAGAAAUUAUAUACGAUGCUAGAACAGUGAUGAGUAUAAUAGAAUUCUUCAGACCUCCAGAACAGGUAAAUCUAGCACAGCUUACCUCAGCAACUUUGACAAAACUUGAAGAAUUUCGUGACAAGACAUCAACAGGUCUAGUGUAUAUUAUUGAAACACAGAAGGUUCUUGAUGUCAGGAUUAAUUGGAAGUCUUCAUAUAUUGUUAUUCCACAAGAUGGAAUUUUUAGCCCUGCAUCAAAUCUGCUUCUUUUGGAUCUUGGUCACCUAAAGGUCACUAGUAAAAGUCGUUCAGAAUUACCAGUGCUACAUGCUGGAGCCAAUCUUGAAGAUAUAAUGCAUAGAGCUUAUGAUUCUUUUGAUUUUCAACUCAAAAGUGUACAGCUGCUUUACAGCAAAGUUGGUGAUGAUUGGAAGGAAGCACGGAAACUGAAUCUAUCUGCACAGCACAUUUUGGCACCUAUGCAUUUUAAUGUGGAAGUCUCUAAGGCCAUGGUUUUCACAGAUAUCAGGAUGCCUAAGUUCAAGAUUUUUGGAAAGCUACCACUGAUUUCUUUAGUAAUCUCAGAUCAGAAACUACAAGGGAUUUUGGACUUGAUUGACAGCAUUCCAAAACCAGUAUCUAAAACUAAAGAACAUGACUCCAAAAAAUACCAGAUGCAGAGAUCCAUUUCCUUGGGAACAACACAAAAGCCACAAAUGGUACUUCCUCUCUUGGAACUUGCAUGUAUUGAAGAAGAUUCAGAGGAGGAGUUUUAUGAUGCACCUUCCUUUCCCUUGGAUGAGCCUUUUAUGCUUCCAACCAGAAAAAAAAGUAAUCAACAGAGAAAACUUCCAAAGACAGAAUGUUUAAAAAAUAUGACUCAGUGUAAAAUGAGAUUUGAAGUGCCAGAGGUUUUGAUUCAGUUUUGUCGCUUGGUUGGAGAUAGUGAUCUGCCUGUGUUAGAACUUGAUGUCUUAGGUUUGGGUACUGAUAUUGAAAUUAGAACAUAUGAUUUGAAAGCAAGUGCAUUUUUGAAAGAAUUCUGCUUAAAAUGUCCGGAAUACCUGUACAAAAAUGAAAAACCUGUCUAUUUGAUUACAACAUUGGAUAACACCAUGGAAGAUCUGUUAACUCUGGAAUAUGUGAAGACUGAUGAAAAUAUACCUCACCUGAAAAAGACCUCUAUUGAUGCCAUGCAACUGAUUAAGGUUAAUUUUUCCUCUUUGGAUAUUCAUUUACAUACCGAAGCACUCCUGAGUACUAUAAAUUAUUUUAACAAUGUGUUUAUGCAAUUGGAGGAAAGAACAGCUUCAUUGUAUGUUACAGAGACUGAAGAUAAAGAAGAUGUCAUUAAAAAAUUAUCUUCGAAACUAUCCAAGAAUGAAGAUAUUGUUGUCUUGGAAAUUUUAGCAGAAUUAUCAUGUUUACAGAUCUUUAUUGAGGAUCAAAAACAUAACAUUGCUGAAAUUAAGAUCGAAGGACUGGACUCUGAGGUAGUCAUGAGACCUUCCGUAAUGGAAAUCACUGCAAAGCUGAGAAAUAUUACUGUUUUGGAUUUUGAUUCUAGAGCUGUGUACAAAAAGGCACUCUAUAUCACUGAAAAGGAAGUUUUCAGCUUCAAAAUGUUUUCUUACACAAAUGCAACAGUUGGUGCUGCAUAUACAGAUAUGAAUGUGGUUGACCUUCGAGUUAAUUUAACUGUUGGCUGCAUAGAAGUAGUUUUUGUUACACAGUUUUUAUAUUCUAUAUUGUCUUUCAUAGAUAAUUUCCAAGCAGUUAAACAAGCUUUUGCUGAGGCAACAGUUCAGGCUGCAGGAAUGGCUGCUGCUGGAGUCCAGGAAUUGGCACAAAGGAGCACUAGAAUGGCAUUGGACAUCAAAAUCAAAGCCCCCAUUGUGCUCAUUCCACAGUCUCCAGUUUCAGAAAAUGUUUUUGUGGCUGAUUUUGGACUUAUUACAAUGACAAAUACAUUCUCUAUGAUAACAGAGAGCCAUGUUAAUAUGCCACCCAUUAUUGAUUUGAUAACAAUAAGACUGAGUAAAGUGCGACUAUUCAGGUCUCAAUUUAUUAAUGAUGCAUAUCAGAAAGUACUGGAUCUAUUAAUGCCAUUAAAUCUUGAGGUGGUUGUUAAACGAAAUUUAUCUUGGGAAUGGUUCCAGGAAAUUCCCUGUUUUAAUAUAGAAGCUCAUCUGAAGCCAAUGGAGUUUAUUCUCAGUCAGGAAGACUUAACAACUAUUUUUAAAACCUUAUAUGGCAAUAUAUAUGAAUCAUUGGCUGAUUCCUCAACUGAAAAAGCAAAAAAACAGAGUAACAAUAUGAGUGGAGCUACCAAUGCUUCAGACCCUUCCGGAGGAACAACUGUGGUAACAGCAGCUGUAGUAGAAACAUACUCAAAUACCUCACAGAUAAAGACAACUAUAAAUCUGACCUUCAGAACCGACUACCUCACCAUGGUACUAUAUGGUCCACAUCCUGACCAGACUUCCUUUACAGAAUUUCGUGAUCCUUCUUUGGAACUGGCUGAAUUUAAAUUGGAGAAGAUUAUAAGUACCGUAAAAGUGCAUACAGAUGGGUCAAUGUUGUCUUCCUUCUCAUUAAAAAACUGUAUUUUAGAUGAUAAAAGGCCUCAUAUCAAGAAUGCAACUUCUAGAAUGAUAGGUCUGACAGUUGGGUUUGACAAAAAAGACAUGUUGGAUAUAAAAUGUAAGAAAAUCAAAGAUAUAAGCCUUACUGAUAUAGUUGUUCAAGAAAUAUACAUAUGUGCAAGUGUGGAAUUUCUGCUAAUAGUUGCGAAUGUCUUUUUGGAGGCCUACAACACAGGCAAAACCAAAGAAACAAGUGUUCAAACAUGGACUGCUACGGAAGAAGCACCUGCCUCAAACAAGUGGGAAAUUAAUAUUGUUAUUAAAAAUCCUGAAAUUGUGUUUGUUGCUGAUAUGACAAGAGGUGAUGCUCCUGCCUUAGUCAUUACAACACAGUGUGAAAUUUACGGUAAAGGUGACCAUGAAAACAGUACAGUGACUGCUUCCAUUAAAGAUCUUCAAAUGCGAGCAUCCUCCUUUCUUCCAGACAAACGAAAAGAUAAAAUUGCUACUGUUUUACAGCCCUGUGACUUAUUUUAUCAAGCUACUCAGAUAGGUCCAAAUCCACAAGUAAUUGAUGUUUCAGUAAAAUCCCUGACAUUAAAGGUUUCACCAGUUAUUAUAAAUACUGUGAUUACCAUAACUGCUGCACUAUAUACAUCUAAAGAAAUUGUUCCAGAAGAAGAUGUUUCUCUGGCACAUUUGUGGGAAAAGAGAGAUACAAAGAACUUAAAAAUGUGGUUUCUGGAAGAAUCAAAUGAAGUUGACAAAAUAGUCCCCACAACUGAAUUGAUACCCAAAGGAGAAAUAAUGAGAAUGAACAUUGAUUCUAUUUUUAUAGUUCUAGAGGCUGGAGUGGGUCAUAGAACAGUACCAAUGCUUUUGGCAAAAUCACGUGCUUUAGUGGAAGCAAAAAACUGGAGUUCCCUUAUAAAUCUACACUGUCAGCUUGAGUUAGAAGUGCAUUAUUACAACGAAAUGUUUGGUGUAUGGGAGCCUUUGCUUGAACCCUUAGAAAUUGACCAGACUGAGAAUUUUAGACCAUGGAAUCUUGGAAUCAAGAUAAAAAAGAAAACAAAAAAGGCCAUUUUUGAGUCAGACUCUGAAGAAGAAAACUACAAAGUUCCAGAAUAUAAAACUGUCAUCAGUUUCCAUUCAAAAGACCAAUUAAAUAUUACAUUAUCCAAGUGUGGUCUUAUAAUGUUAAAUAAUUUAACCAAGGCAUUCACAGAAGCUGCUACUGGUUCUUCAGCUCCUGUCCUAAAGGACCUAGCACCAUUCAUGAUUUGUAAUUCUCUUGGACUUACAAUCUCUGUUUCACCAAGUGAUUCUUUUAGUGUGCUCAGAGUUUCUAAGGCAAAAGUAUAUAUGUUGAAAAAUGAAGAGAAUUUAAUUAUGGAUUAUGCUCGAACUAAUGACAAUGAUCACUUUAAUGCAAUGACCAGCCUAAGCAGCAAACUAUUCUUCAUUCAUAUAAAACCUGCUACCCAUUCAACUACUGAUAAAAUUCCUUUAACAAAAGUGGGACGAAGACUGUUCACUGUGAGACAUAGAGAAUCUGGUGUGGAGAGAUCUAUAGUUUGCCAAAUUGAUGCAAUAGAAGGAAGCAAGAAAUUGACGGUUCGUUCCCCAGUGCAGAUUAGAAAUCAUUUUUCAGUCCCACUCACUGUUUAUGAUGGGAACACUUCAUUGGGAAUAGCUUCACCUGAAAAUGAGUUCAACAUACCCUUACCAUCUUACCGAUCACAUCUUUCUCUGAAACCUCAUGAUACAGACUAUCAAAAGUGUGAAGGAUUUAACUUUGAAGAUAUUAUAAAACAUGAUGGCACUUGUAUAAAGAAGAAAUGCAGACCUUCAAAUCCUUCUAUAAAACCAUUUAUCAUUAAUAUUGUUCCAGAAAAAGAUAAUCUGACCUCUUUGUCAGUUUAUUCUCAAGACUCUUGGGACUUACCGUACAUAAUACACUUGUGGCCGCCUCUCUUGCUUCAAAAUAAUCUUCCUUACAAACUUGUUUAUUAUGUAGAGGGAACUGAACAUAACAUUUUUAUUCUAAAUGAAGGACGGUCAACUCAGAUUUACAAUGCACAGUUGGAUAAAACCAAGAUAUACUUAAAAUUAAUUGGUUAUCUUAAUCAUGAUUGGAAAAGUGAAUAUCAUCUGAGGCGUAAUCAGCAAGAAAUUAGUUUCAUCAAUUUUACCUGUAUUACAGAAAUAGAGAAGACUGAUUUAGAUAUUGCCAUUCAUGUGUCUUAUAAUACUGGGCAGACAGUUGUGGAAUUCCAUAGUCCUUAUUGGAUGGUCAAUAAAACUGGGCGAAUGUUACAAUACAAAGCAGAUGGAAUUCACCGAAAGCAUCCACCUAAUUAUAAAAAACCAAUUCUCUUUUCUUUUCAACCAAAGCACUUGUUUAAUAACAAUAAGGUUCAACUUAUGGUAACUGAUAGUGAAUUGUCAGAUGAAUUUUCAAUUGAUACUGUUGGUACUCAUGGAGCUGUUAAGUGUAAAGGCCUGAAAAAGGAAUAUCAAGUUGGUGUCACUAUUCAACUGAGCAGUUUUAACAUUACCAGAAUUGUGACAUUUACCCCUUUUUAUAUGAUUGAAAACAAAAGUAAAUAUAAGAUACAAUUGGCUGAAGAAGGGAUUGAUUGGUGGUUCUCUCUUGAUUUGGAGCAGUGUAUCCCCUUUUGGCCCGAGACUACAUCUAAUAAACUUCGUAUUCAAGUUGAAAGAAAUAUUCCUCCCCAAAAGAUAUAUUUCAAUAGGCAUGAAAAUUGUAUUUUACUGCGUUUGAAUGAACUUGGAGGUAUUAUAGCACAAGUGAAUGUGGCUGAGAAUUCUACAGUUAUUACAUUUUCAGAUUAUCAUGAUGGAGCAGCUACAUUCCUGUUAAUAAAUCACACCAACAGUAAUGUUAUUCAGUACAAACAAAGUUCUCUCAGUGAAGUAGAAGAUUCCCUCCCUCCUGGAAAAGCAGUAUUAUAUACAUGGGCUGAUCCAGUGGGCUCUAGGAAGCUAAAAUGGAAAUGUGGAAGCAGUCACGGUGAAGUAACUCAGAACGAAGAUUUGAUGACACCUCUAAGUGUGGGGAAAAAGACCAUUUAUUUAGUGUCAUUCUUUGAAGGCUUACAACGCAUUAUUUUAUUUACGGAAGAUCUGAAAGUAUUUAAAGCAACAUAUGAAAGUGAGAAAGUAGAGAUAGCAGAACAAGAAAUUGUGUUGGCAUUGCAAGAUGUUGGAAUUUCUCUUGUGAACAAUUACACAAAAGAAGAAGUAGCAUAUAUUGGCAUUACAAGUUCUGAUGUGGUUUGGGAGACAAAGCCCAAGAAGAAGGCAAGAUGGAAGCCAAUGAGCGUAAAACACACUGAGAAGUUAGAGAAAGAAUUUAAGGAAUAUAUAGAAUCUUCACCUUCAGAAGAUAAACUUGUUGAGCUGGACACAAAUGUUCCGGUUCGCUUCACACCUAGUGGUUCUAGUAUGAAAAUUCUGCAACCACAUGUAAUAUCUAUACGGAGAAAUUACCUUCCAGCACUGAAAGUGGAGUAUAACUCAUCUGCCCAUCAGUCAUCAUUUAGAAUUCAGAUUUAUAGAAUUCAGGUCCAAAACCAGAUACAUGGUGCAAUAUUUCCUUUUGUGUUUUAUCCCAUUAAACCUCCCAAAUCGGUCACCAUGGAUUCAGCCCCAAAGCCUUUCAUUGAUGUCAGUAUUGUCAUGAAGUCUGCAGGUCAUUCCCAUAUAACACUCAUUAAGUAUUUUAAAGUACUCAUCCAGGAAAUGGAUCUCAGACUAGACCUAGGAUUUAUAUAUGCUCUGGCAGAACUAAUUACACAGAAAGAAGCACCUGAAAACAUAGAGAUCGAAAAUUUUCAGAAAGAUAUGCAGUCUUUCCAGGAUGAAUGUAAAACAGGUUCAUUUGUAGAUUCAUCACAAGUUGGUUUCUAUGAAUACUUUCAUAUAUCACCUAUCAAGUUGCAUUUAAGUGUUUCAUUGAGUUCUGGUAAAGAAACAAAAGAUUCAGGACGGAAUGGAGGACUGAUUGCUAUUUAUUCUCUACAACUUUUGCUAAGGAGUAUUGGUGCUACUCUCACAGAUGUGCAAGAUGUUAUUUUCAAGCUUGCAUUUUUUGAACUGAACUUUCAGUUUCACACAACAUCUGAACUACAAUCUGAAGUAAUAAAACACUAUUCAAAACAGGCUAUUAAGCAGAUGUAUGUACUCAUUCUUGGACUUGAAGUUUUGGGCAAUCCCUUUGGCUUGAUUAGAGAAUUUUCUGAAGGUGUAGAAGCAUUUUUUUAUGAGCCUUACCAGGGAGCCAUCCAAGGACCUGAGGAGUUUGUGGAAGGCAUGGCCCUUGGACUGAAGGCUCUGGUUGGUGGAGCUGUUGGUGGGUUAGCUGGUGCUGCCUCAAAAAUCACUGGCGCUAUGGCUAAAGGUGUAGCAGCAAUGACUAUGGAUGAAGACUAUCAACAGAAGAGAAGAGAAGUCAUGAAUAAGCAGCCAGCAGGCCUUAAAGAAGGAAUCACUCGUGGAGGAAAAGGCUUGGUUUCAGGUUUUGUAAGUGGCAUAACAGGAAUUGUUACAAAACCCAUCAGAGGAGCUCAAAAAGAAGGAGCAGCUGGUUUCUUUAAAGGGGUUGGGAAAGGCCUUGUUGGAGCUGUGGCCAGGCCAACUGGAGGAAUCAUAGACAUGGCCAGCAGCACAUUUCAGGGAAUAAAGAGAGCUACAAAGACUUCUGAUGAAGUGACGAGUCUGCGACCCCCACGAUACUUUAAUGAAGAUGGAAUUAUCAGGCCUUACAGGCUAAGGGAAGGUACUGGAAAUCAAAUGUUACAGGUCUUAGAAGAUGGAAGAUUUGCAACUUGCGAAUAUUUUACCCAUGUCAUGAUUAAUAAGACAGAUAUAUUCAUGAUAACCAAAAGUGGUGUAUUAUUUAUAACAAAAGGAACAUUUGGUCAACUUACAUGUGAGUGGCAAUAUAAUUUCGAUGAGUUUACCAAGGAGCCAUUCAUUGUUUCUGAAAGAAGAUUACGCAUUGAAGCAAAGGAAAGGGUAACAUCUGUAUUUCAUGCCAAAGAAUUUGGAAAAAUCAUUAACUUCAAGACACCAGAGGAUGCUAGGUGGAUCCUCACAAAGCUGGAAGAAGCCAGAGAACAGCCUUCCUCAAGCCUCUAAUGGAGAACACUGCCUGAAAACCACAGCACUGAGUCAUCACAGUGUCCACUUUGGCCCUCCCAAAACAUCUUUUGGAAAUACAUAGUGUUAGUACUGAUAUUACAUUAUAAAAUCAGUUUGUUAGAAUCAGGUAAAACACUAUGUGAUUAAAAUAUUUCAACUUUUGGGG